AAGCACGUGCAAAAGCGCUCCGCGCCGACUUUGUUGAUUUUGGUGCGUUGAACUUGAAGUCCUUUCUUCGCCGCACGCAAAAGAAAAGAAUAUGUAGCCGACAACGCGCGCCGGUACGGAACAGUUAUUGAAAGUGUAAAUCGUUUCUGCAUUGCGCACAUAGUGCACAUUGCGGGUAAUUCCGUUUUGCGUACUGCAAUUUCCGAUUGAUAAAUUGACCAUCUGGAGUAUUAUUGAAUAAACACUUAGGUGUAUUCAAUUCAUCAUAGAAUAAAUUGUUAUUUUUGUAAAAAUUAAAUUAACUCUAAAAGAAAGUUACAUCGUUAAAAGUGAAUCGACCAGUUGAUUAUAUUUUUUCUGUUGUGACAAGUGUCAUUAUUUUUCCAUUUUGACUUUUGACGCAACAACAACAAAUACAAGACAACAGCAGCCAAGCAAACUAAUUGCUAGCGCCAAUGAUGAUCUCGAAGUGAUUGCGACCGAAUUCAAGCUGGAAGCCAAAUGAAAUGAAUAUGAAAGUGUGCGUCACGAUCAGUGUGCUGAUCGGAUUGUUGCUUCAUUCAUCGACAGGAUGUCAGUUUUAUCCGCCCGGAGAAUAUCUGCGCUUCGUACGCGUCCCAGAAAACUUGAAAGUCGGUGAAGAGGUCCUCAAGGUGGAAGUCCAUCCAAGGAAAAACCUCAGCCUUAAACCGGUGGACAAAGAUGAGGACGUCGGCUACUUCGCGUUCAGGGAGAUUAAUCAGACGACGGUCUCGCUGCGAUUGGCACGAUCGCUCGAGGAGCUGGUCGAUACGGACAAUCCGCAGAACGUGCUCAAGUUUCGUCUCGCAUGCGAGUUCAACGAUGGCGAAGAUGUGAUAUCAUCGUCGCUGUCGAUCACGGUUUAUGUUGAGGAUAUUAAUGACCAUGCGCCGGUUUUCGAAAAUGCACCGUAUUCGAUUACCGUUGAUGAGUUAACACCUGCUGGAUUGACAAUAUUUCGAGGGAUUAAAGCACUGGACAGAGACAAACCAAACACACCUAACUCCGAUGUGCAAUAUGCGAUAACAGCUGGAAAUGAACGAGGGAAAUUCGCUUUGGACAGCAGUCAUCAAGCUCUACUCAUGCUCGAAAAGGGGUUGGACUAUGAUAAUGGUGAUCGGGAAUUUACUCUCACAAUUACAGCAUCUGAUCGUGGUUUACCACCAAGAAGUACAUCGACUACAAUAAAAAUCGUAGUUCUGGACAAUGAUGACUUAAGCCCGAAGUUCACCAAAGGCGUCUAUCGCACCCGAGUAACAGAAAACUAUCCGAUCACGGGUGAAAAAUUACAUUACCGCUUACAUUUCGAACCAAAAAUCUUUGCCUACGAUCAAGAUUUAGCGAUUGACAGUGAAAUCCGCUAUGAUAUUAUUGCCGGUAAUGAACGACGCAUGUUUUACUUGGAUUCAAACAAUGGAUCACUCUACCUCCAACGUGAAAUUGACUUAGAAUCGGAGAAAUCCUUACCUGGGAAUACAUUCGUGCUACAAAUCCAAGCAACCCAGUUGGAUAACCCUCUUAAAACAGGCGUAGCACGUGUUGAGGUCGAAGUGAUGGAUCUGAAUGACAACCUUCCUGAAUUUGAAGCGGAUAUCUAUAAUAUAAGCAUCGUAGAAAAUCUCCCGAAUGGAUUUUCUGUAUUGCAAAUUGUCGCGCAUGAUCAGGAUCAAGGAGAUAACGCUGAGUUUAGUUUCCAGCUGGAAGAUAAAAGCAAAGCGUUUGUUUUGGAUAGCAAAACCGGCUGGUUAUCUGUCCGAGAUCAAUCUGUGUUGGACCGUGAAAGAAGAACUGCUUUAACAAUGCGUGUCUACGCUAUUGAAAAGAACCCUUCAGUGGUAACAGAUCGUGACGCAGCGUCCUAUGUCAAUGUUGAAGUAACCCUCUUAGAUGCAAACGAUAAUAACCCAACCUUUAUCCCUAAUAACAUAUAUGACUUUGUACUUGGUAGUGAGACAAGGGUACAUGACCCAAUUGGGAAGGUCCACGCUAUUGAUCCCGACCUUGGUCGUAAUGGCCUUGUUCAUUAUCAUAUUCAAAAGUCAGCGAAUGCAUCGUAUCCGUUUAAAAUUGAUCUAAAAACAGGGUUAUUAACAGUGGCAUCUCCGAAAUCCAUCACUGUUGGUAGACAUUUGUUGUUUGUUGAAGCUUCUGAUCAACCCUUGAAUCCUUCUGAAAGGCGUUCAGCUUUAGCAGUGGUUACCAUUGAUGUAAUCAAUAAUAAAACCAGUAAAAAUCUACCUAACUUUGUAGGAGCUCCUUAUGAGUUUUGGGUUGGGGGAAAUGUUGAUAUUGGUACCAGUGUAGGACAGAUAAGGGUUACAAAUGUUGAUAAUCGUAGUGGGUUGUUAUAUGACCUGCUUCAUAGUUACCAUGAAGGUGUACCAUUUGCUGUUGAGGAAAGAUCUGGAACGAUUACUGUUAUAGAAAAUUUGAAGAAAUAUGAAAGGGUUUUGUAUGAUUUUGAAGGUGUGGUUUCAAAUGAUAAGGAUUUGUCUAUUGUUACCAAUGUCACAGUACACGUGGUAGAUCCCAAGGAUAAAAAUCUCUUUCUAAAGGGUACAUCAUCUCCAAUUGAAUUCCACGUAAAGGAAAACCAUGCUAAUACAUUCAUAGGAAGACUUAUGCCCAAUAUGACCACCAGGGACCUAAGAGAUCUUAAAUUCUUCAUUGCAAACCAGAGAGAUGUCACCGAUCACAUCGCAAUCUACUCCAAUGGUACCCUUUACACCCAACAAGCUCUAGACCGUGAAAAACGGGAUACCUACAGACUUACCAUCAUCGCCGAACCCAAACGAGGUGCUACCUCAGGUGCGGGUAUAUACCAAGCUGUUAUAAUAGUAGAUGACGAGAAUGACAACGCACCACAAUUUGAUAAGAGUGUUUAUGAAGGACACAUAAAAGAAAACUCUGCAACUGGUACAGAAGUCAAUAUGAACUUCCCAAUACAUGUCCAAGAUGCUGAUGUUGGAUCUAACGGACAAUUUUCUCUCACACUCCAAGGUGAAGGAAGCGAAAAGUUCCGUUUUGAUCGAUUCAACGGUAAAGUACACUACAAUGGUGUCCAUUUUACACUGGACAGGGAAGAUAAAUCUGUUUACAAUCUACGUUUGGUUGCCAAGGAUAAAGGUGGUCUUAAAAAUGAGUCCCAGUUGAUUAUACACAUAGAAGAUGAAAAUGACAACCCACCUGUCUUCCAUCAAUUGAUAGUCGCACCAAAUCGCAAUGUAAAAGUACAAGAAUACGACGAAAGUGGGAACAAGUUAGCCUACCAGGAAGACACCACAACUGGUGUCUACUCUUUAAGUGGAGUACAAAUAUCUUCUGGGAAGUCCCGAAUUAAAAACAGGACAAAAAUAUCUCCGAUUAUUUUGGUACCUGAAGACUUACAAGUUGGUACCCCGGUGUUGAAACUCCUAGCUGUUGAUAAAGACGCUGGAGAAAACGCGCUACUAAAAUAUGAAAUGUUAUCAGAGACUUAUAUUCCUAACGAGUUGAAUAAUGACCCAUUUCAUGUGACACAAUACUUUAGUGUUAACCCAUCAACUGGUGAGAUAAUCGUAUCAAGGACAUUACCACCAGAGUCAGAAUUUCGCAUUAAUUUAACCGCUACAGAUAAAGGUGGUUUAAGAGACUUCAUAAAAGUACGAAUACUAGUUGAGGAUGUAAAUGAUCAUCCGCCAGUGUUCAAGAAAUCAUGGUACAACUUUGAUGCGGAGGAAGCUUUGUAUUCAAGGAAUAUCCUAGGGAAAAUUGAAGCUACCGAUGGAGAUUUCGGACAAAAUGCUAAUAUUUCCUAUAAAUUGAAACAAAUCACCCAAGGAGAUUCAUUACCGUUUAAAAUAUCUGAGUUUAGUGGCGUGCUUAGUGUUGAUGGUGAACUGGACAGAGAAUCACAGGAUAAAUACACUUUUAUGGUUGUGGCUAAAGAUAACCCUCACACUGGACAAUCAUUCAGUACUACUGUGAAUGUUGAAGUCAACGUAAUCGAUGUCAAUGAUAAUCCCCCAACAUUCUAUGGUUAUGAUGAUUUGAUCAAUCUGAAAACAGAGACUAAAUAUAGUAAUCAUCAAAUUGUGUCUGCGAAGUUACCUGUGUAUUAUGCUACUAUUUCGGAGAAUAGUCCAAUAGGUACACCGAUUACAAGAGUCUUUGCAAAUGACUCCGAUUUUAUGGGUAAUGGUAAUGGAUUGCUCCUGUUUGACAUCCCGUAUAAACGUAAUCGUGAAAAUCUAUUCGCCAUUGAUUCUAAGGAAGGUGUUGUUACUACAAUUGGACAUUUAGACUACGAAAGACAAAAAUCUCAUAAUAUUACAAUUGUUGCAUCGGAUUUAGGUUCGCCAAGUUUAAGUUCAAGUGCGUUAUUAAUCGUCACCGUCAUUGAUGUUGCUGAAGAUCUUAAAGCAAUUGAACAACCUGUGUUUGCACAUCGAUAUUACGAAGUUGAAGUUGAAGAAAAUGUUCCGGUACCACUAAAAAUUCUAAAUUUGAAUGUUACUGAAAGUUACAAGCAACACAAAUUGAGAUAUAGUAUUGUCGCUGAAAAGGGCAGUGAUGUACGAAGGAUGUUUAAAAUUGACGCAAGAAAUGGUACUUUGUAUAUUGUUGAAUCACCUGAUAGAGAAAUGGGAGCUUAUUAUGAGUUGAAAAUACGAUUGGAUCAGUACAAAGUAGGAAGGGAUAUGACUGUCAUGGUGUACCCUGUGACAAAUGAAAGAUUAGGUGAUUUAGGAUUAAAUGAAGUCAAAGUAAUCGUGAGAAUAUCGGAUGUGAACGACAACGUUCCCAAGUUUACCAUCAGUGGCAGACCAAUCGUGGCAGCUAUUCCUACAACAGCCAAUUUUGGAUAUCAUAUUAUUCAAUUACAAGCAAUUGAUCCUGACCUGGCGUUAAAUGGUGAAGUGCGUUAUCAAAUUUUGGGCAGAGGUGAUGAUGAGACACGUCGGUUUGCGAUUGAUCCCAUUACGGGUCAAGUUCGGGCCAUUGCUAGUUUUGCGAGGGAUGCUGGGAAAGUGUUUGGGUUUGAUGUGAAAGCCACUGAUCGGAGAGGUGCUGAUGAUGGUGCUUCAUCAAUUGCAAAUGUUUUUGUUUAUGUCCUGGACGAAGAAAAGCAACUAGUGAUGGUUAUGGGUUCAAAACCAACAGAAAUUGAGAAGAAUAUGGAUAACAUCACUUUGGCUUUAUUCAACGCAACUGGAUAUGAUGUGCGCGUGCGUAAACUAGAACCUCAUUUUGAUAGAAACCAAAUAGAUAAUUCAGCAACGGAUAUGUAUCUAUACGCAGUGGAUCCGAAGUUGAACACAGUCGUCGACAUGGCGGAACUGCAAGAAGCAAUUCUGAAUAAACAGCCGGAUAUUGAGAAGCAACUGCGCGGGCAUAAAGUCCUCGCGCUUGCAAGCGGGGCGAUCGAACGCAUUCGUUUCCGGAGCCAGCGUGUUAUCCUUUCAACGCUGGAGGUCGGCGUCGUUGUCCUCGGCUGCGUCGUCUUCAUCGGCGCACUUGCCACUGCCAUCUGUGUUAUUUGUAUUCGACGCAAGAAAAAUCGCCUGCUGCAGAAGAGUUUCUCACACGGACGUCAACUCGGUUUCCCGAUAGCUACCCUUGGCAAACCGAGCGCACUCUUUCCGAGCGCAUAUUCGGACGGCGGCGGGGGCGGCGCGCCCACACACUACACCGCCGAGAGCACGGAUGCAGGCGCGCCUCGUACUGCUUUCCAUCGACAUCAUCAUCAGCAGCAGCAUCACCAUCACGAUGCUAACUGCCCGCGCUAUUCGGCGCGCUUCGCCAAAGAGCGCUCACGCUCUCUUGGAGCUAUGGAGACAUCCAUCGCGUCUCUACACUCAAGUGGAAAGGAUUCGGGCAUUGCGGAUGGCAUACAAUGUCAAUGCGGGUUAUCAACGAGUCAUUCAUCUGGUGAAAGCAGCAACGGUUAUGAAGAUUCACUCCAAUCAAUCACGCCGAGAAAAUUCCGCGAAUCGUUGCGCUACGAAUCGUCGAACGAGAUCCGCAAUUACUACAAUCGUCGGCGCUCAUUGUCCGACGAGUUGAUGCUGAACGUGUCGGGGGCGGCAGCGGCGAGCCACCACCUCAAGCCGCUGCAUCGCAUCCACUCGCACACGCAUCUCAAUCAGAAUCCGGCGUUCCGCAAGUCGAGCGAAAGACUCAUAAUGACGUGCCCGUUGAAUCCGUGAGCGGCGAUAAAUCACGCCACAGACUUUUGAAUAAUUUAACGUUCAUUUGUGAAUCGAGAGUUACCAAUUUAUUUAAAACACAUAAUGCAUGUAUAUUUUAUUCUACAUUAUUUAUAAGAUGUAUAUUAUGUAUUACAAACCUUUUAAAAUUUAGCGUUUAGUUAUCAUCAUCAUGCAAAUAUUUAUUUUUAUUGUUUUUGUGUCAUUUUGUGCAAUAAUAAUUAGGCAACACGUAAUACUCAACACAAACUAACCAAAAUGUUUAUUUUAUAUCGAAUUAUGUUUUAAUAAACUUUUUUAUAAUAUAAUUUUAUAC